AUGGCGCUCCAGGAAGCAGAACUAUUCGAAGACGAACAUCCUCUGAUUCGAAGCUGCUCUGCAUUGAACGAAAUUCGUCUUGCCCAAGACAUUAAAGACUUGACUAUAGAGGUAGCGUACCUUAGUUACGGCGGACAUUUGUGCGUGUUAGGUCAGGGACGGCGAUGUCCUUCACGUCCAUCGAAUAGUGCUGGCAGCUCGCAUCCCUUCCCUGCGAGCGUCCCUCAGUGGUCCCCUCGGGGAGGAGAAUACGGUCUUAAGGUGGCCGACAGCGUCGCUCAGGUUGGUUCUUUAGGUUUGGCUUACAACAUUUUUAGACUCGCAAAUGCGCUCGUCCAGUAUGUGUACACUGGCCGGGUGGAGAUGACACAGGAUAACGUGAUGGGCCUGAUUGUACUUGCAAGCAUGCUGAAACUCCCCGCCCUGGUGAAUUGGGGAGUGACAUUCUUGACCAAGAGGUACGCAAUUUCCCAACUAUUCCUCUCUAACUGCCUGCUCUAAAGAGUCAAUUUAGAAAAUUUGUCAGCCACUUGGGACUUUGCCAAGUCUGUGAAUAUCAAAUUACUGGCGGAUACGUGCAUUGGGCUGAUGGAGGAGCACUUUAAAGAAUUCGUACCAACUGAACUCUUUGUUCGUUUGCCGGCCGAAACCGUCCUCAGCCUGCUUCGAAGCGAUCAGCUCUCCGUGGGAUCUGAGGAGGAGGUUGUUGCGGCGAUUGCUCGCUGGACGGGUGCUGGUGUCGGUGGUCAGGCCGACGAUGAGAGGCUGAGUGUACACGCGCCGGUGAUGUUGAAAGAGGUCCAGUGGCAGCUGACGACCGUGGAAUGUCGCGAUCGCCUGAUGGAGAAUUAUCCAAUAUUUCGGGAAAAUCCCGAAUGUUUGUAAGUAGAUGCUACUUCGGUCCUGUUAUUUUUUCUUAAAAACAGUCGGCUUUUGCUUCAGGCUGAGCGGUGGAUUGGAGCUGCAGACAAGGACAAGCUGACCCGCCCUUUCAACAUAAGGCCUCCUCUACGCCGGACGGUCUUUCUCCUCUUUGGAGAGGACAAGAAUGGUCAGGAUAGGUGGUCAGUCCUUCGCGCCGAUCAGCACCUGCAGCGGGUAGAACGCGUUGCUGACAUGAAGCCGGACCGAUGGUUCGCCUCCUACAGCGUCGUGGGCGGUGAGUUGCCGGAGGGUUCUGCGUCACCUAUUCGGCGCAUUUUGUCUGUUUUUGAUUUUUUGUAUGUUGAAGUCUAGCGCCUCUUUGUGGGCAGCAUCACGGCGUCAGCAUCUUUUUAAAGAGGGUUGGUCCGUCAGUUAUUCUGCUUAGGGUCUCCUCACCCUCAGCUAGGCUCUUUAUACAUUACCUUUUUUCCCUCAUCCCCCCUCCGAAAGAGAGCAUUUUCGUUGUUGGAGGACAAGGGGAUUGCCGAGGGCUGGUUGAUGUUGACGAGUUUCUGGUGAGAGAAGGACGCUGGCGCGAACGGGCGCCCCUCGCCGUUCGACGUCAGCAGCACGCCGCCGCCGUCGUGAAGGUUCACGCCGUCGACGGAGAGGAGACGAUGAUUGGUGUUUUCGGUGGCUGCUUCAAGGAAGGGGACAGUUGGACACACCUCUCCUCCUGUGAAGUCUACGAAGUCGGUCAGAAUAGGUGAGAAGAGGCUGGUCGUGUCAAAUCUUUUGUUUUGCCAAAGUAGAUUCCACCUCUUCGCUCACUCGCCGCCCCGCUCACCCUGAACAGGUGGCAUAAAUUGCCCGAUCUGCCGGAGAAGAGGGUCGGUCCAGCUGCUGCCUGCCUGCCCGGCGACAGUCGGGUUUUCGUUUUUGGCGGCUGGCGUGGCCUCUCCUCUCAACUUGCUUCCGUGGUCUUCUGCAAUCUGCGCACAGACUGGCGGGAGGAGGCGACAUCAGCGCUCACCGCGGACUUCUGGCAGCCAGCUGCCGCCAUGAGAACUGCACGAUCCGGGCUCGCAGCGACGCCCUUUCGGGGAGCAAUCCUGGUCGCCGGUGGAUACGAUGGUCAAAGUGAUUUCAGCGUCGACGUUGUGGAGAUAUUCUCGCCGCCAGACGCCGGUAGCCCCCUCGGUCAAUGGACAAAGCUGGCCGGCAUGAAGGCUCCUCGCCGAGGUUUCACUCUUCUCCCCUCCGCCAACGCCAUUUUUGCUCUCGGUAAGGCAACACACAAACAGAUUCUGGCUUUCCUUCUCUUCUUCAUUCCCCUAGCCUACUUUGCAAGACAUGACGUUGGAGGUUCUUUAUGCGCUAGCAGUAAUCGCUUCGACGUGCAUACUGCCUAUCCUUCCUUUUCAAUCUCUUUUCUCCUGUGUUUUCUUUUUCCUUCAGUGAAACUUCAUUAUAAUUAUGCAAAAUUUGUAGGCAACUCCCACGAACCGAGUAACACGGUAGAGACUCUCACGGCACCAGGAGGUUCGGCUGACUUUGACAAUGACUUGACAUCUUGGGUUUGGUCGUCCAAGAGCCCUGUGGAGACACUUGAAGACAUUGCCGGCGCAGCAAGCCUUUGCAUCUAA